GGGAGGUGAAGGGGAGGGAGAAGGAGGAGGGGGAGAGGGGGUGAGAGAGGAGGUGACUCUCCGGCAGCAUUUAGACACAACGAAAGGAUCAUGGCGGAUGGCCCCAGGUGUAAGCGCAGAAAGCAGGCGAACCCGAGGAGGAACAACGUGACCAACUACAGCAAUGUGGUGGAGGCCGGCUCAGAAUCAGACGAUGAAGACAAGCUGCACAUCGUGGAGGAGGAAGGCAGCCUGGCAGACGGGGCCGACUGCGACAGCACCCUGCCAGAAGAGGAGCACCCCAGGGAGCGCUGCUGGGACGGAGUGAAGGAGGAUUGUGUGUCGGACGCUGAGGAUGAUGGGAGCACGGACGCACUAAUGGAGGAGAUGCUCCAGCAAGGAGACACGGCCGUCAUUUACCCAGAGGCCCCAGAGGACGAGCCUCAACGCCAAGGCACCCCUGACGCCAGCGUCCAUGACGAAAAUGGAACUCCUGAUUCCUUCUCUCAGCUGCUCACCUGCCCGUACUGCGCGCGUGGCUACAAGCGUUACAGCUCCCUGAAGGAGCACAUCAAGUACCGGCACGAGAAGACCGAAGAGAGCUUCAACUGCCCCGAGUGCAGCUACAGCUUCGCAUACCGCGCUCAGCUGGAGAGGCAUAUGACGGUCCACAAGGGUGGACGGGAUCAGAGACACAUCACACAGUCGGGAGGCAAUCGUAAAUUCAAGUGCACUGAAUGUGGCAAAGCAUUUAAAUACAAGCACCACCUGAAGGAGCACCUACGCAUCCACAGCGGAGAGAAACCCUAUGAGUGCUCCAACUGCAAGAAGCGCUUCUCUCACUCAGGCUCGUACAGCUCCCACAUCAGCAGUAAGAAGUGCAUCAGCGUCAUCUCAGUAAACGGCAGAGCUCGCUUGGGGAACGCCAAAACCCAGACCCAGGCUCCAUCUCCAGUGCUGCCCACGUCACCUUCAGUCCUCCGCACUCAGAUGAGGGAGAAGCUGGAGCACAGCAAGCCACUGCAGGAGCAGCUGCCACUCAAUCAGAUCAAGACUGAGCCUGUAGACUACGAGUACAAGCCCACAUUGAUGACAUCCGCAGCUAUGGCGGGUAUGAACGGCGGAGUUUUCAACGGAGGUGCUGCAUCUCCUCUGCAGGGCACAGUGCAGGCUGUGGUCCUCCCCACUGUGGGGCUGAUGUCUCCCAUCAGCAUCAACCUGGCAGACCUGCAGAAUGCUCUCAAAGUGGCGGUGGAUGGAAACGUCAUUCGCCAGGUUCUGGAAAGCAAUGCCAAAGGUCAGUUGCAGAUGAACUCGGGAUUAACCACUGGAAUGCUCCAUCCUUCACAGCAGCAACUCAUCUCAGCCAUCAGUCUGCCUAUUGUGGGUCAGGACGGGAAUGCAAAAAUCAUUAUAAACUACAGUUUGGACCCAAACCAGGGCCAGCUCACUGCCUAUAGCAUGAAGAAAGAGCCUGAGGCCACCUCACCAGGCCAGGCUGCCACUGACACCUUCAAAUCCCAGAAACUCCCAGAGGAUCUAACCAUCAAAGGCUCCAGGCUCAAUGAGACUAAAGAAAAAGAGGAAAAGACCACUAAAACCUGUCUCCUGUGUGAUAACUGUCCCGGUGGGCUGGAAUCACUCCAUGCCCUCAAGCACUGCAAGGAUGGCCUCAGGCUGAAUGGUCUGGAUAAGUCUGAAUCUGCUGUUGCUGCCUUGCUGUCAGAGGGAGGGCUCUGUAACCAGCCCAAGAACCUCUUGUCCCUGCUCAAGGCUGUUGCAUUAAAAGCAGAGCCCACCAAGGAUGAGCUGGCCAAGAUCUCUGACUCAGUCAGUCUGCCAACUCAUGUGGUAAAGAAGUGGUUUGACAAAAUGCAGGAGGGUCAGAUAUCACUGGGUGCUCCAACACCUCCCUCAGAGGAAGAGGACACCUGUGAAGUUAACAGUGUGGUGUCUCUGGUCCAAGGGAAGGACAAGUGCCCCUCUGUCACCCAGGACAGCCCUACAGAAGCCACUCCAGCGGAGUUCAACGGUGCCCACAGCUCGCCGGCCUCUCCCUCACCACUAAACCUGACAGCUGGCGGUCCUGUCCCAGCCCAGCCUUCCCAGAGCACUGAGGGACCCCUAGACCUGUCACUGCCAAAGUCCGCCAGAGAGGAAGCAGAGAGAGCAGUGGCUAAAGCCUGCGUUAACUCCUCCCCUUCCCUCCGCUCUACCAAUGUGGAUGAACCCCUGAACUUAACUUGCACAAAGAAGGAGGCAUCGCCAUUCUCAGCCAUGGGCCUCAGCCCCAUCGCACUGUACGCCAGCCAGCAAAGUGCCAAACCCCUCAACAUUGUGACCACAAUGCAAUGCCUAAGGGCGCUUUCCACUAACAACAAACAGACUAUCCUGAUCCCCCAGCUGGCUUACACCUAUACCACUACAGCAAACAGCCCUGCUGGGACCCAGACGCACGAGACUCUCCACCUCAACGGAAUAAAGGAGGAGAAGCUGGACCCGGGGUCUGACGGCAUGUCCACCGUGGAGGAGCAGAACGACUCCGACUCGGGCCCACAGAGGAAGAAAAUGAAGAAGACGGACAGCGGCAUGUACGCCUGUGACUUGUGCGACAAGAUCUUCCAGAAGAGCAGCUCGCUGCUGAGACACAAAUAUGAACACACAGGGAAACGACCUCACGAGUGCGGCAUCUGCAGCAAGGCCUUCAAACACAAACACCACUUGAUCGAACACAUGCGGCUCCACUCGGGGGAGAAACCCUACCAGUGCGACAAGUGCGGCAAGCGCUUCUCACACUCGGGAUCCUACUCCCAGCACAUGAACCACCGCUACUCCUACUGCAAGAAGGAGACGCAGGGUCAAGGAGAAGGCCGCGAAAGCCCCGAGGACGAUAGUGAGGCCCGGGCUGAGAUGGAGGCGCUGAGCCGGCUGCAGCAGCUCCUCGCCCCCUCACAGUUAGACUUGGACGAGCGAGGGAGCAGCACCAGAGACGACGAGGACAGCGAGGAAGAGGAGGACGGUGCAGUGGACAUGGACGACAUCCAGGUGGUGCAGAUAGGGGAUGAAGGAGGGGAUGAGGAUGAGGAAGAGAGGAAUGAGGAGAGAGUAUUAGUGGAGGGAGGAGGAGAAGAGGAAAAGACAGAGAUGGAGGUGGCUGAGGAAGAAGAGGAGGAAGACACAAGGCAGGAGGAGGUGCUCAGCAGCAUUCAGGAAGAGGAGGAAGUCAAGAUGCGGGAAGAGGAGGCGAUGGAUACAGAAGAAGGGGUGACGGAAGAGGGGAAAGAAGAGGAGCAGGUCACAGAGGAGAGUGGAGGAGAAAAAGACAGUGAGGCGGUUUCUGAAGAGCAGAAGGAGACGCCAGAGGAUCGAGGAGACGCUGAGUAAAAGAGGAGUCACACUCCUCCAUGGGACACAAUCAGAUUCCUCCUCUCCCCGUGCAGAGGAAGAACGCAGGAGAUGAUGUCUGGUCACUCUGACAGUCCGUUUCAGUUCACUACUGUGUAGAAAAUCCAGGUGUGCCUGAAAAAAUACUAGUGACUUUUCCGCAGGAGAGCGAACUCUCACUGUAAGAAAAAUCAAUUUGUAAAGAAGAAGAUGAAGACGAACACAAAUUUUAACAAACGAAGGAAAUGCAUUAUACAGACUUUGGAAGCUAGAGCCGACAUGUUUUAGAUAAUGUUUUAUUACUAAAACACCUUGGGUCAUUUCUUUUUAUCAGUGUUACUAAUUUUAUCACUCAUAUUUUAACCUUUAAAAGCUGUACAGUUGGGAGAUAUUUCUAUACCUUUUUAUUGCCAAUGAUCAAAAAAAAGUCAGUAUUUUAUUAAGUUGGAAGGAAAAUAAGAAUAAUCCUGUGCACUACAAGUGGCUUGGUUUACCUACGGAUUAAGCAGUUGUGUUGUCAGCCCUUCAGUAUUACCGCACUAGAUAUACCACGCCAUCACGCUAGCAGAAGUUAGCAUUUUGUUUCUUUGUGAUGUUCUUUCAAUUGGAUUGUGAGCCUUAAGAAGAAAAAUGUGGAGGGAGGGGUCCUUUUCCCUCAUGUACUUCCAUUUAGACUGUAGACUCAUUGUCUAAUUUUACAAAUCAGUGUUUUUUAAAAAGGUAAUAGUUUGACAUUCUGGAUAAUAAAGGUAUUUUCUUUUUUUGUUGAGAGUUAGAUGAGAAGAUAAAGACCACAUUCUGAUGACUAUAUGGCUACAGCCAGGUGCCGCUUAGCUUAGCUCAGCAUGAAGAACUGAACAAGGGGGAAACAAGGAAUAUAUUGCUGUGCUUUAAAGCAAACAAUUUUCCCCUAUAGACUUAGAUAGGGAAAAGGGACGUUUGUAAUUUGUUCCUAAAAGUUGUAAACUUUCUGUGCUCUGCUCAUGUGAUUGAGCCCAAGUCUAGCUAUGGGAGUUGGUUUUAAUAAUGCUAGUGCACUUUUUACUUUACAAAUAGUUACGCAAGAGCUGGGUAAGAUUAUACUUCUAAGUCACUUUUUAUGGGCUUCAUUAACUACUAAGCUUCUUUCAUAGGGAUAAACAGGAGCCCGCUUCCAAUGCUGGAUCUAGAUGUGCUUAUACAUCAAAGAAUGAAACAGCAAGCUAAUGCUAAAUCUAACAUGGCUAAAGCUACCAGUUACUUCCUACCUAUCUACUGCUUCCCACUCCAGUCCAGCAAGUUGCAGUAAUGCAUGCUGGACUCUUUGUGACUUCCAGACAAAGCAUGGCAAGCUAUUUUCUCCUAUUUUAAGUAUUUGCGCUAAAUAAAGCUAAUCAUGACCUGGCAAUAGCUUCACAUUCAGUGGUACUGAUCUACUCGUCUAAUUCUCCUGUAGGAAGCACAUAAGCAUAUUUUCUUGAAAUGUCAAACUAUUGCUUUAAAUGUUUGGAGCGAGCAAAAAGGGGUUGUAGAAAAUUGUCUGACCCUCACUAUGCCUACCCCGUACCCCGAGCCAUAUGCAAAUAAUCAAACUAAAACAAGACAAACAUGCAUAUCAAAAGUGCCAUUGAAUAUUGCUGUUGAAGCUUAGAAGAUCAGGUAUUGCUAGGUCCUAAAUCAACCAAUAAUGCCACCUAACCUGUGAGAGUAGAGUUUAGCCAAACUGAUUUUAGAGAAGUUGCUUUAAUUCAUGAGCAGAUAAAAGAAUUACAAUGCACAUUUGUUCAAAUGGAUGAUUAUGAAGUAUGAUUUCUAAUUAUUAACCGUGUCCUGCCUUUUCAAAGCUUAUUCAGUGCACUUGUUUAACACACCAUUAAAUGCUCAGAUGUCUCUUCAGGUAACAAAAUGUAGGCAAAUAAGAAUCCCAGGAGUUCAAUUCAACAACCUUUUUACCUGUCAGUAUUAUUUUUUGUCUCUUACAUGUUUUAUGUUCCGUUUCGUUGCGUGUGUACUGUAUGUUUUCAGCAAUGGCAGUAUUAUCCCCACCCAAAGGAGAUGGGUAUGUCUGUUUAGUCAUAGAGAACUUUUAUAUUUAUGUGUCUUAUUUUUUAUAUUUCUUUAUGGUUAUUUAUUACACUAUGUAGUGUACAAUACUGUAGUUUGUAUUAAUACGAUAAUAUAUUUUAGUAUGGAAAAAAAAGAUUCAAAGGCAAAUAACUACAAGCCUAGACAAAAGAGACUCCAGCAUACUGAAGUAUGUUUUUCGAACAAAUAAAAUGAAGUUUUUCCUUGGGAAAAAAAUUGCACCCUGCAAGCCUGAAAAUUUGAACCUGUGACCUCUGUGCAUCCAUUGUCAUGUUAAUUUUCUUUCCCCCUCUAAUAUGAAGCUACUGAACUUUUGAAAACUAAUCGUAUGUCUAAUAGCAUGAGUGUGGGCUGUUUUAUUGAAGGAUUAUCCUUAGCGACACAAACUGUCCUUUUUGCCAAGCCAAAAUAAUAUUGACGUUUGUUCUUAUGUUUUUAUUUGUGCCAAUUUGUUACUUUAUAUGUCAUUGUCAAGACCACGCCCACUUUUAUAUUCCCUUCCCCCUUUAACACCCUCAUCUUUUUUUAUAGUGAUUGUUUUUUGUUUGUUUUCCUUUUUUUUUUGUUCAUUUUUUAUGACUCCCCAUCUCACAAUAAAAUACAUCAAUUACAAGCUG